CCUGGUGGGAGGCAAGGACUGUUUGGUCAGACUCGCCCCAACAAACCCAGAAAUAACCAUUUCUGUUAAAACAUGAGACCUGUGCACCUUCUGCAAAAUCACUGCAGCUGUUUGCAUUAAAAUCUUUGACAAACUUUGGGACAAAUAAACUGGCGUAAUGUGCUGAAAUAAACUCAAAUUAGGUGAAAAGAUUUCAAUUUAAGCUGGUUAUUUUUCAUGCUAAAAUAUAAAAAUAAGCAGGUAUAUCAAAGAUUAACUUCAUUUAAAAAAAAAAAAAAGUUUGAGUUGGCUCCCGCAUAAACUUGGAUGGAGACUGAGGAUGGAAAGCUGAGAACGAGGGAGGAGACUAUGAGGAUGGAGGGCUGGGCAUCAAUUUACUUUGAGGAGACAUUUUAGAACUGAGCAAAAAAACCAAGUAUAACUUAGCAGGGAGGGGUAAAAUAUUCUCACUCUCCCCUUCUUGUUGCUUUGUCUCUUCUUUUUUCCCUCAGUCUAAACCUUUCUGCUCUGCAUCUGCUUGCCCGUCCGACAAAUCAAGGAAAAGACCUUCGUUAAGACCCACAGUUAAUAAUGACGUCGCUCGUGGUUUUUCCGGUCUCCUGUGUGACUCUUCUCUGGCUGUGCUGCAGUCUGUGUCACUGCAGCCCUCUGUUCUACAACAUAUCUGUGGACGGCAGUGGCGACGAAGCCGAGCUGGAGCUCAUUUUCCUCACCUCCUCCACACGGGCGCCUGUUCAUGUCACUGCUGCCACUCCGCCUCCCAGCCUCACCAACACCAUCACCACCACCAUGACCCGCCUGAAAGACUUUGUCUUGACCCGAGUGGUGGACUUUCUGCAGGAGAACUUGCUCAUCAUCAUUGUUGUUACCUCUCUUCUUAUUGUUCUGGUCUUUAUCAUUUGUUGUGCGUUCGCCAUGAGCCAUAAGCGCAAGCUGGAGGCGUACAAGCCCCUUCCCAACCCACCCAAGAAGUAUACUGCUGGUAAAACUGGAGCUCGCAAGAACUCGAGCGAGCCCCAGGAGAAACCGUAUGUCGUGGACCACGUCAAGAGGGUUCAUAUUCAGGGUCCAGCUUCCCCCAAACACUUGCGCAUGCCCUCCAAGGCUCUGGUGGGAGACAAGGGGAGGGAAGUCAGGUCGUCGCCUCAACAGGAGGUCAGAAAGAUCAGAGACACAGAGGAAGUGGAAAAAAAAAGAGAGGAAGUGAAAUUCAAAGAGCCAGUGAAGCCAAGGGUGGAGGUCCAGCAGAGCGUCAGUCCCAGCACCAGCUCCAGUCACCCGGUCUGCACCUGCCAUCUGAAAAAAGCCAACAACUAACAUGACUGAAGAUACACACCGAUACAUGCAAAACAAGUCAAAUUGUCACACAGAAGAAAAACAUUCCUUCUAUGAAAAUCUUUAGGAGGAUAAAAUCUGAAUAAAUACAAACAAAACAAAGACACGAAAGAGCAGAACACAGAAAGCAGCACUUCAAGUGUCUUACUGAGCAAGUCUGUAAUUUAUCCAUAGAACCUCAGAAGGCUUAAUUAUCAAUAUUAAAGAAAAAACAUAACUUAUGUAAACAUUUAUGUGAGGAAAAGGAAAAGCUGUGCAUUUUGUUAACAAGUCAAAUAGUGGGGUAAUCCUAAUGAUAGUGAAGUGAAUGGUUUUGUACAUAAUGUGCAUACAUGCAUGCACACAGCACCCUGCACAGUUAUUGGCACCCCUAGUUAAGAUGUAUAAAAAUGACAUAAAAUAUUGCCCUUGGUGAUAAGAUUGACUUGGGUCCUUGUCUAGCCUCAUUUGUUGCUGUUCCAGGUGGACAAGUCUAGGACUGUAGGAAUUUUCUUUUAAGCCAUUUCCUGCUUUAUGGAAGUCAACACAUAUCUGCCCUUACUUGAACGACAUACUUUCCUGUCUUUUCAAUUUUGAGAAAUGGCAAAGAAAAUGGUGCUAUAUUCAAUGUGAUAUUUAUACCUCAGAUAAAUGCUACAAAUUACUCAUUUAAGAUUUAUAAACACUCUGGUCCACUUAAAAAGUAAAGUGAUAAUAAAAAAUGCUUAAAUUUUUAGAGCUACAAAUAACUCAUUGGGAGACUAAAUAACAGAAAUAUUAAUUCAUUCAAAUAAAAGGUUUGAUUUUUCUACAUCUUUCAUGUGAGAUGAUGCUAUUGUAGCCUAUUAUGAGAGAGAUUGCAUUUGCAUUUACAGUAUGUAGAAUAUGCUGGGUUGAUGCUUCCCACUACUUUGCUUUAUGAAACCACGGUGCCGCUCAUUACCUAACAGGUUAUUUAGUGGACAUGAGUAAAAAUGGCUGGUAGCUGUAUAUUUAAUUUGAUGGGAUUUGAUUUUUAAAGGAUCAUUAUAGCCAAGCAGAGGUUUAUCACGUGGAGAACGUUUUCUCCACGUUCCCAACCAGAAGAAUCUCCUCCUUGUGCUUUUUAAGAGCUUCAGAGCUAAAUAAGCCAUUUAGAGCAACCUCUUUGGAGCUGUAAAUAAACACAUAAAUCCCAGGAAACCUGUCCUGAUAAUGAGUUUCGAGUGUUUUUUUUAAUUAACUUUUACAUUUACUUCGAUUUUAGUGUUGUUAUAUGUUGUCUUGUAUUUCAUUUCAGAACCCAAGAAACAGAACAAGAAACAAAAUGUAACAAGGAGAAUUUUCAUCAGUUUUAUUUCAGAAUAUUUGAGAUAAAGGCACAGAUAUUUUUAUUUUAUCCUGCAUUUUAGCGUUUUUAUAAUCUACAUUGAACUGGUAAAUGUUUUAGCAGAUAAAUUAGUAAACAACAGUUUCAAUUCAGUGUUUGUUAUUUUAUAUUUAUAUACUAAUUUCUGCUUUUCUGUCUCAAUAUAAAGAUUUAAAAAUAAGUGAGAAAGCUAAGUAUGGGGAUUUGAUAACUUUGAAUUACAUAUUGCAAGUCAGUGGGCAUUUAAACUAUAAGUUUGUAUGUUUUCUAGGUCAUUGUUUUGUCAGGUUAAAACAGGCUGUUUCAUCUGAAUCAUAAACUGCUGUCCUCAUAUGUUGGUUUCUCUGUGACACUUGUACCUUUUACACAAUGACAAUUUUGUUUUGCUAAUGUUUAAUAAAACGGAAGACGCGGGAGUGUCUUUGUCAUUCUUGAAAGUGCAGCUGUUAAACUAAAACAAACACAGCCCUGAAGAGACAUUAGAUUAGGAAAGACAUCAAGUUUCCUAAAAUAAAUGACAUCUUCUACCUGCAUAUUAUCAUCCAUUGAAAAUCUGUAAUUUUGACCUCUAUCCACUCAGGAAUCACACCUGACUAUGUUAAGGUAAUUAUCCAAAUAAAAGAUUUAAGAUAUCUGUGAA